AUGCCAGAUUUUUCGUAAAUUUUAAAUUUUUAUUGAUUCACUUGGAGAGCGUUACGUCAAAAUACCCAGUCUUAACAGAAUGGAAGGCUUGGAUAUUUCGUUGCACCUGGCAAAAGCGCGUUAAUAGUGAAAAUCGAAUAUACGGGUUAGCAAUCGGUUAUGUCGUUAAAAUCUUGUUUCCAAAAAGGAAAGUCGCGAUUAUCGGUGAACUAAAUCAGGUUUUUUUCAACGGGAAAGAAAUGGCGGCCAUCUUUGAUUUUGUAGUCUUCACAAGAGAAAAUCGAUUUCGUUGCAACGGUGGGCGCGGUAUGGGCUAUAUAUAUAAACCCAAAUGACCCUCAUCUAGCUUUGCUCAUGUUUGUGUGACAUACACUAGUAUCAAAUCGAGUCAAUCGUGAGAAGUAUGAAUCGUUAUUAAAAAAGUGUAGUAUAUGAACAAAGUGAUAAUUUCGAAAACAUCUGCAAAAUCAAAAGAUUCGGUCUAAAAUGAGCGAGCACGAAGAUUUAGAGGAUGGAGAAAUUGAAGAUGAUGAGGAGGACGUUGAAAUUCAGCCAAUUACACCAUCCGAAACAACUCCCACUGAAUCAUUAGAUAUCCCUCAACAACCACUAGAAGACUGGGAUGACGAUGGUAAACUGCACGAGAUGAACAAUAGGGUGGAAGGAGUUAAAAAGACGUUAGUAGCUAAAACACGAAAAAUCGAAGAAGUUGCUCCUCCCAAAAAUUUGAAGCGCAGUAAACCAGCGCCUGUAGUCGAUGACUGGGCGACCAGCGUAGAGAAUGCCAUUGCAAGUGCAUUAAAAAAAGACGGUGUGCAACCUCCGAUGCCAUCAAUUAGUAAUCGCUUCGACGACAAUGAGUGUGAAAUUCCAGCAAAACGUAAAAAGAAGGAUAAACAUAAGAAAAAAAAUAUUCCGGAAAAGGUCGAAGAAAUGGAAGAACUGGAUCUGGAGUACGAAAUGAUGAACGUUCGAGGCGGUAGCCCACGGCCCAUGCUUGGUAGUGCUGGAGACAACCAUCCUGAUCGCAGUGACUCUGAGGUCAGUUAUAGCUCCGAUGAUUCUCGUGACCGAGAGCGUGAGCGAGACCGAGAGCGACGUGACCGCGAUCGAGAGCGUGAUCGGGAAUACAAUCGACGAAAACGUAAAAAUCGUCAGCGGAAUAGAGCCAACCGAGAUAAUCGAAAGCGAAAGAGGGAGGAUUCGGAUGACGACAAGCAUCACAGCCGUAACAGUGGCCCUCGGAAAAUGGAGUUGUGUAAAUUUUACCUAAUGGACUGUUGUGCCAAACGAGAAAAGUGUUUGUACAUGCAUUCGGAUUUCCCCUGCAAGUACUACUAUCUAGGCCUCAAGUGCAAAGAUAAAGAAAAAUGUCUGUUUAGUCAUGGUGAGCCCUUAACAGAAGAACUGAGGGCAAUCCUUCUGAAGCAUUUAGAAACUGCGCCUCAAGAAAUCCUAGGAGAUUUUCCUCGAAUCAGUAGAGACAGUGCCACCACGAUGAUUAGCGCAACUCACCGUAAGUUAUUGGAUAAGUAUGGAAUUACUGAUAAACCAAACAAUGGAGACGAUGGAACAUCAAAAAUACCUUCUUUGUUGGAAAUGAUCGGUGUAAACGAUCGUAACAGUAUGGGACAAAACAAAAAUCGUAAGUCUAGGUGGUGUGAAAAAGUAUCUAGUUUAGCAGCAUCAGCUGGAGGUGGCAAAUCUACAGGAAAUGACGAUUUUUUAAGCUUAAAAUACUUAACGGGGGUUAUUUCGCAGGACCAGAUCGUUAAUCUGGAAAAAAUGGGUAUUCAGACUCUUGACCAAAUAAAUCAACUAACUGUAGCACAAUUAAAUGAACUUGGUCUGAGCAUUAACCAAAUCCAUGAGCUACAGUUGAACUCUCUCAACAUGAAAAAACUAAGAGAGAAUAUUACGAAACCCGCAACUAAGGCAGAUGAGGCAGAACUUCCAGAUUCUAGCUCAGCUUCGUCUCUAUCUCAUAGCAAAGAUCUGGAUAUGCGAAUAACACCAUCGCAUACAGCUUUGUCAAACGAAUCCUCCGAUAUGCAUACAUUAGGUGGAAAAGACAUCGAUAUGAGGUUUCUUCCACUUGUUAAUACAGCUGCGCAGGAAGCAGUUGAUGGAGAUAAUUCUAAUAGCCAGGAGGAAAAUUUAGAGCUAGUUUCGAAAUCUCUUAGUAGUCUGAUAAAGACUCCAACUGUAGAUUACUCCCAAUACCUCAAAGAUUCUAACUUAAACGACGAUGACGAUAUGGAUAAUACAGAAAAUGCAGAUAAACUGUUGAUUGCUCAUGAAGACGAGGACGAUGAUGAUGACGAUGAAAACAAUUUGAAAAUCAGCAUUGAUGAUGAAGAGCCAGAAGAAAAAGUCCAGAAAACUAGUGAAAGCUGGGAUAGUGACAAUGAACAGUAUUCACUUCCUCAACCAGCGAAAAUCGAGGACAAGUUCAGUAGUCGUAUGACACAAAAAAUUGAUUAUACAAAGCCUUUUGGAAUGUACAAGUCUACAGAUGAGGAGUUAGAAAGGACAAAAGAAUCAUGUAUAUUAGAACGUUUUGGAAUCGAAACGACAAAGAAAAAAAUUGAUACGAUAAGCCGAAAGUCGAUGUACGCUUCUGGCAAUAGUACCAUAACCGACUCAGCCCGUUCAAAUUCACCAUCAUCAAAUAAGCAUUUAGAAGUCGGUCCACAGAGAUCUCCUAUAAUAUCAGGGUGGACUCCAAAUACGAGUAAUUCCACAACGACGAUAUCUUCAAAAUCUCUGUCCCACCAACAAUCUACGAAGCCAACCCGUCCCUCCAUAUAUGAUGACCCAGGAAACAGCAACAGCAGUGAUGGCAGCGAUUCCGAAUCAAAAUCCUCUUCCAUGUAUACCGACAGAGACAAAGAUAUGAGGCUUAAUUUUCUUAAUUUGGAUGCAAAACCUGGAGAGGAUGGUAACUUACUGAGUGAUGUGGAUUUGCGGUUACCCUUCAAACCAAUAAUGACUAACUACAUCCCUGCUACAGAGAUUGAUGGGUCAAUUACUUCGCACGCCCCGAUCGUCUACAAGGUCAGCGAGGUGGACAUACCUAACCCCAAUUACAAAGAUAUACGACGCAAUACACCACGUCCAGAGCGAACGAAAGAUCCUAGACUGAGAAGAAUAUUUGGAAUUUUCAACGAUGACGAAGGUGAAAAUUCCUCUAAAUCUGAUCCAUUCAUGCCAGGCAUACGGUCACCACCUUCCAGUAGGACACCACUGUCGCCAACAGGCCCAAUAGUACCACGUGUAGAUCCACGAACCAAGCGCAAUCAGGAGAACAAAACACAUACUCAGAACAAUGCUCCCGGUCGACCAGGAAAUCCGACCCAGUUAGACGUGCAAACCAUUUUGCAACGAUCUGCGUGGUAUACGGAUCUUAGUUCGAAGCAUAAGAUUAUGGUCAACCAACAGUUAGCAAUUCUCACGACAGAUAUGAAAAAGUAUCACAGUUCGGAUAAAUCCACUGAAAAGCUGGCUGAUUUUAUGCAGCUUUUAGCAGGCAACCAAAUGCUGCAAUUCAUUCUUACUAAUUUAAAUGUCUAUGUCGAUGACAAUGUAGCAUUUUGUGAGGUUCCGUUAGUGCCACCAACGCAACCUCCACCUUUAAUGUCCGUUCCUCCUCCAAAUAUCGCAUUACAUCCAAUAGGGAUGAUGCCUCCUGUAGGAUUACCACCUCCAAAUACCAAACCACCAUCAUUGUUCGAUCUUCCGCGGUUUAACUGCCCGCCAGAGGUUCGACCUGGUUUACUUGGCGUAGCUCCAAAUAUGCCAUUCGAACAAUUCCUCGCAAUGGGUCAAGUAAAUAAAAACAACAAUCCUCCUCCUUUAUUAGAGGAGUGGAACGACGACUACGAUGAUGGGCUGGGUGGUUUGGGAGGAAGUGGAUUUACUCCAAAUUAUGAACGGAAUUUCGGUAAUGUACGUAACAAUCCCAUAAGAAACAAUAACCGACCUCCAGGAAAUACAUUCAGGAAUCACGAUCGAUGGAACAACUCUGGAGGAGGGACAGGUGGCGGCAAUAAUCAAAAUCGACGGAACAAUAAUCAUAGACGUAUGGAUAAGAAAAAAUAAACAUAAAAAUAGUGGAUUCGUGUCGUUAUUGAGCGUCAAACAUUCAAGCAUAAAAUGUGUUUGGGUUGCGAAUCCCGCAGGCUUUCGUCAAUCUUCCUUAAAUAGUUGGUCGUAAAUCUCUUCACGUUACGAGGUUUUGACUAGGUUGUUAUACUGCUUCCAGUAUUUCGACUUCUCUAACGAUCGAUGAUCCAGUUUCCCUGUAAAUAAUUUACAUAUCUUCUUAUAUUACCAUUAAUGGACUUUUUGUCAUUUGAAAUAAAAGUUACUCGUUUUUCAAACGUAAUAAGAAUGUAUAAAUAGUUACAGUAACACAACUUUAUAAUAAAAAGUAAUAUACGUGUCCCUGUAAGAUUACCUAUUUAACUUGGGUCUAAUAGACCUCAGUCAUACAUUAAGAUAACAAUCGUAUUUUUAAUGCACAGAUUCCCUGUAAUUGUCUAAGAGGGAAAUAUGAAAAAGCUUUAGUUUAGUAUUUAGUACUAAUACUUAUAUAGCCAUCGUAGGAUAGUAAUCAUUAUUGUAACAUGCAGUUUGAUCCAGAUAAGCCAGAGAUUAUUCUAAUAAGCAAUGAACAUGUCCAAAGUGUUUACAACAAUUA